AUGAAAAAAAAUUUCAAGCCGACAGUGGAGGCAAAAAAGGAGCAGCUUGUCAUUGAUGAAAGCUUUUCUGAAGCCCGGAAAAAUGCUAUAAGAUCGGCCAACUCCCCUUUGAAGAAAUCUUUGAAAACCAGACACCUCCGUAUGAUCGCCAUCGGUGGUGGUAUCGGUUCCGGCUUGUUUGUCGGUUCCGGUAAGUCUCUUCACAACGGUGGUCCGGCAGCGCUCGUUAUUGCCUACUCUUUAGUUGGUACUGCUCUUUUCGCUACUGUUCAUUCUUUGGGUGAAUUGGCUGUUGCCUUACCAGUUGCUGGUUCUUUCACCACUCUCGCCAACAGAUUUAUUGAUCCUGCCUGGGGUUUUGCAGUGGGCUGGAACUGUUGUUUACAAUGGUUGGUCAACUUGCCCUUGGAAUUGGUCACGGCCUCUAUCACUAUCAAGUACUGGAACGAUACUAUCAACUCCGAUGCCUGGGUUGUAAUCUUCUACGUUAUCCUCAUUGCUAUCAACUUAUUUGGUGCUAGAGGUUACGCCGAGGCUGAAUUUAUUUUCUCCUCCUUGAAAGUCUUGACCAUUUCUGGGUUCUGUAUCUUGGGGAUUGUGUUAAAUUGUGGCGGUGGCCCAACCCAAACCUUUAUUGGUGGUAGAUACUGGCAUGACCCUGGUGCUUUCUCCCACGGCUUCAAGGGUGUCUGUUCCGUUUUCGUUACUGCCAGUUUCUCCUUGGGUGGUACUGAAAUCACCGGUGUAACCGCCAGUGAAACCGCUCAGCCUAGAAUUUCUUUCCCUAAGGCUACUAAACUCAUCUUCUGGAAGAUUGUCAUCUUCUUCGUCACCUCAUUAAUCAUUGUUGGGUUCUUGGUUCCAUAUAACUCCGAUAAGUUGAUGGGUUCUGGUGGCGGUGCUACCCACGCGUCUCCAUUCGUCAUUGCUAUUGAAAAUGGUGCUGUCAGAGGAUUACCAUCCGUUGUGAACACAGUUAUCUUGUUCUCCGUCUUGUCUGUCGGUAACUCUGCUGUAUACGCCUUCUCUAGAACUGUCUGUACAUUAGCAGAACAGGGUUUAGCUCCGAAGAUUUUUGGUUACAUUGACAAGUCUGGCAGACCGUUGGUUGGUCUUGUAGCCAUUUUCAUUUUCGGUUUGUUGUCGUUCAUUGCUGCUUCUGAUCAGCAAGAAACUGUCUUCAACUGGCUCCUUUCUCUAUCUGGUUUGGCCUUGAUCUUCUCGUGGUUAACUAUUUGUAUGAUUCACAUCAGGUGGAGAGCUGCUUUGAAGCACAAUGGUGAACUUGUCGAGAACUUGGAGUUCAGUUCUGGUAGCGGUAUCAUCGGCUCCUACCUUGCUGGGACGUUUUGGAUUGUGGUUUUGAUUCUUCAAUUCUGGAUUGCAUUGUGGCCAGUUGGUUCUAACACUGCUAAUGUCAUCUCCUUUUUCCAGAACUACUUGGGGAUCAUCAUCUUCAUCAUCAUGUACCUUGGCUACAAGGUGGUCAAAAGAGAUUUCAGCUUGUAUAUCAAGGUCGAAGAUAUGGAUAUCAAGACCGGUCGCCGUGAAGUUGAUUUGGAACUUCUUGCGUUAGAAAUGGUAGAAGAGCAGGCCCGUCUUAAGGCCUUGCCAGUCUGGAAGAAGAUUUUUAACUUCUGGUGUAAUUAAUUAAUUACGGGACCGUUGAGGUACGGUCAGU